AUGGUACCGUGGCUCAAAGUGGCCGUCGGCUCUGCUCUCGCCCUCAAUUUCUCCAUACCGCUGUUGGUGAUCGGUCGGACCAAGACACUGCAUGACGAGCCGAUGGCACUGCUCGUGGCAAACCUGGCGCUCGCCGACAUACUGUUUGUGCUGAAUCUGGUGCUGAUCGGUUGUCUGGACCUCAUUUUUAACCACGUCCUGUAUGCAGCCUGCCAGUCCGUUCAGAUCGCUGCCGCCUGUUUCGGAAUCGCUCUGAAGAUGACGCAGACGCUGGUCGCCCUCGACCAGUUCAUCGCCGUCGUCUAUCCGCUGCAUUACCGCGACAUCAUGGACCGCUGGACGAAGUGGCUGCUUGUUCUGCCUUGGCUGGCUGUCCUGUUUACGGCUGUGGACUUCGACAAAAUCAGGUAG